ACCUUUAUUCUCAGUUUUAGCUUUUAAACGUUGUAAUUUUUUGCUUUUCCUGUUCUUACUGACAUUAUUCAAUUCAGCUCUUAGCGCUUUAAGGUUAUGCCCUGUUGUGUCACUGAUAGAGCUGUUGGUAACACUGAAUCUGUCGACCUUUUUAUCGGUUUUCAGGGUGACGUUAACCUAGCUAGCUAACGUUAGCUAAUUGCUCAACUCUGCUUCAUUCCGUUAAGCCAAAAGGAAGAACUGCGGAGAGCCCUGCACUACAGAUGGUCUAAACUGAAGCAUGAUGAAGCACACACACAGUUGGUGCCAGGCUACUCCCUCAAUGACUGUUGGAGUCAAACCCAGCAAUCCCCACUCCCUCCAAAUCAGAAGAGGUCUACGGCUCAAAAGAGCCAACACCCGAGACGCCCAGGGCCCACCAGGGAAGAGCCAGCCAAGCCAGCGCCGGGACGCGAUCUAUUAUACCAAAAUGACCAUGCCCCCAACCAUUGUCAUCCAGCGGCAGGAAAUGGCAUCGUUCUUUAGACUUUUUGAUGAUGACCUGAUCCAUGAUUUCCUGUGGAUGGACUGUUGCUGUAAAAUGAGUGACAAGUACCUUCUUGCCAUGACCUUUGUGUACUUCAAAAGGGCCCGCUUCACUAUCGCUGAAUACACCAGAAAGAAUUUUUUCAUUGCACUGUAUCUUGCCAACACCAUGGAGGAGGAUGAGGAAGAGAGUAAGUAUGAGAUUUUUCCAUGGGCGCUGGGCAAGAACUGGAGGAAGCAGUUUCCCCGCUUCCUCAAGCAACGAGACAAGCUGUGGGUUCGUGUCGAGUACAGAGCUGCUGUCAGCAGGCGCUGCUGCGAAGAGGUGAUGGCCAUCGUGUCCUCUCACUUUGUGUGGCAGCGAGAGCGGUCAGAACACCACAGCGGCGCCCAGCGGCAGUAUGGGUACCACACUCGUAUCCCUCGUGGGCCCUCGGCCUCCCCGGUCUCCUGUGCCCUCUGUAAACGUGGCACUGGAUUGGAUCAGAGCCAAAGCGCCUCUUCUCCCUCCAGAGGUUUUGCUGUGCAGACCCUUAACCCUGCCUUUUCACACCCAUUCACCUCUGCACUGAGUUUGGAGAUCACCCCACCCAGAGCUGCAGUCUCUCGCAGGAAGGUGGUGGAGACUAAAAGCCAGGCACAACAUUCCUUCUGCUGCUGUGCUGAGGAGGUUCCCAGGGAUGAGUCUUGCUGUGGGUCCACAUAUGACUCCUCCAUGGACUGGAUCAGUGAGGAGUAGAGCAUCACACCACCUCAGCAGACCCAGCUGUUCUAUAUAUUGCUCUCUCUCUUUAAUACCACUUUUACUCUGAAGUAAAGGUCUGAAUCACAAAUGU